AUGGGUGUUUUAGUGAAAAAUGCGACGCAAUCAGUCAGCAUUUCUCUGACUGCUUUGCAGAUUGUGGGGUUCUGGGCCCCCGAGGAUCUCACAGAAAUUCAAAGAUGUCUGUACAGAUGGUUCGGAGUAUUCUCUUUCAUGUUUAUGUUAGGCACCUAUAUAUUCAUCCAAGUAGUGGACCUCUUCAUGAUAUGGGGCGACAUUCCUCUAAUGACGGGCACUGCCUUCCUCCUGUUCACGAACAUGGCUCAAGCAACUAAGAUCGUGAACAUCAUGGUAAGGAAGCGGAGGAUCCAGAACAUUGUCAACGAUUCUGAUAAGGUUUUAUCUCAAGUUCAGACUUUUGAGGAACAGGAGAUUGUUAAGAGUUGUAAUAGGGAGAUGAUAGUGCUUCAAGUUGUGUACUUUUCCUUGACUCUGAUAACAGGCCUCGGCUGGGCUACUAGUGCUGAAAAAUAUCAACUACCUUUGAGAGCCUGGUACCCAUACGACACGACUAAGUCUCCAGCCUACGAGUUGACAUACGUGCACCAGGUAGGUGCGCUCCUCAUCGCAGCCUUCCUGAACGUGGGGAAGGACACGCUGGUGGCAGCCCUGACUGCUCAGUGUCGCUGCCGGUUGAGGCUACUGGGACAUUCCCUGAGGACUUUGGAUAAGGGGCUGGACACUGAGGAUAAGUUCAUGCUAACUUCUGACCAAGAGAAGACAGUCAGUAGUCGUCUAAGGGCAUGCGUGGUACAGCACCAGGAGACCUUACAAGCUGCUAAGGAGUUGCAGGAGUGUUUCUCUGAACCCACCUUUGCACAGUUGACUGUGUCGCUGAUCAUCAUCUGUGUUACAGCUUUCCAGUUGUCGAUGGCACAACCGGAUAACAUGGUGCGUCUGCUGUCGAUGGGCACCUACCUCCUGAAUAUGACUUUCCAGGUGUUCAUUUACUGCUACCAGGGAAACCAGCUCUCAGAAGAAAGUUUUGAGAUAGCGGGUGCUGCGUACGAGUGUCUGUGGUACAAGUUCUCCCUGCGCCUGCGCCGUGCAUUGCUGAUAGUUAUGGUGCGCACACGCCGAGCUCUACGACUCACUGCUGGAGGAUUCACUACACUUUCACUUGCUUCUUUCAUGGCAAUCAUCAAAGCUUCGUAUUCAUUAUUCACUCUGCUACAACAAGUUAAUGAGGAGUAA